AUGAGCGAAAAUCUAAAUAUUCUCGAUGUCAACCUGGAGAAAUUGGAGCCAAUUGUUGAGCAUGAAGUAAAUAUCGAGGAUCAGUUGAAUCUGGUAGUUAACCAUGCUAAUUCAGAUGUCAUCAAUCACAAGCCUGACUUAUUUAAAACCAUUUGUCAGCAAGCAGCCAAAAAGGACAAGCCUGCUGAUUGGCGUUGUGUUUUGGAAUGUUGUGGCAAGAGCAUAAACCACAUCUAUGACGGUGGUUAUUGUAUGACCGCUGAGACUUUCGCGCUUGCUCAAAAAUUCUGCCCUGAGUUAAAGACCAUCAAUAUUUCUUUAACUCGCGACAAUCUUCAAUAUGUACAGUCCUACUUACCGCAAUGGAAAGAGCUCGAGGAAGUUGAACUGAGAGGUCCGGCGUUUAUCGAAUCUCUGCUUUGGUCUCUUUCCAAAUUGCCAAAUUUGCAGAAACUAAGUCUCUGGGAUUUUGACUGUGAAACAUCUGGAUGUAUCGCGUUAAAUUUUUUAACGCAGCUGAAGCACUUGGAGAUCAGCCAUUUAGAGUCUGGUUUUCCACGAAAGAUCUCGACACUGCUAAGAAAUCUAAUCAGCUUAAAUGUAUAUACGAAUGCCGAUAAAGAAACCUGUUGUGAACUGGCAGAAUAUUGUUCCAAAUUGGAGAAUUUGUACUUGUACGAUCACAAGGAAAAUGAGUCUUGGAGCAUUGAUUAUUUUAACAAUCUAAAGUGUUUGGAAGUCCAUGAUCAGAAUGCUAGUGCAUUUUUUCUGCUAAACUCAUUGGACCAGAGAUAUAAUUAUCAACUGCAAAAGCUGAUAAUACCCGGAAAAUGCAUCUAUCAGAAGGAAGCAAUGCGCAUCGCUAAACUGAAAGCUUUAAAAUCACUAUCCUGUGUUCUUCCCGACGUGCGUUGCCUUAAGUAUUUUAUUUAUUUGCGAUUGGAGGAGUUGUCACUCUAUAAUUGUUGCAAUUUAAAAAACGAUCAUUUGUUGUUUACAAUGCAUGAGUGCAAGACACUGCGAUCACUUAAAAUUACACUCUGCACCAUGAUCACACCACACUUUAUUAAAGAUGCACUUGAGAUCUUAUUCCGAAACGGAGUUAAACCACAAAAUCCAUUCGAGCUUAUGAUAAGGGGUUCAGGCAUGAGUACUUCAGAUGUCGACAAGAUGUUGUCUUCGCAUCCACAUUCCAGCUUGUUGAAUCUGACAUUGAAUUAAAAUGAUCAUUUAUGAUAAAAAUUAA